AUGUCUUAUACCGCUGCUAUCACAAUAUUGAAGUACGUUUCAAUUUUCCAGGGUCUCUGUAUUUUUACUGGAAAUUUUAUCACUAUGAUUGUUUUUUGGAUUCACCGAUACAAGUUAAAGCGAACAUCUUUUCUUCUUAUCAACUUGGCUGUUGCAGAUCUGUUCGCUGGACUGACACAAGCAGUUAUUGCAGCUAAAGCACAUCCACAAACUAUUUCAGCAGACAUUUUAACUUGCUUUCAGGCUGCAUUUUUGGCCGCAUCUGUACUUUUUCUCGUUUUCAUCUCACUGGAACGAGCCUAUGCAUUGAUUUACCCUCUUCGACAUCGAGUAACUAGCACCACUGCUUACAUCAACGCUCUCAUAAUCGUGUGGUUGAUUGCUAUAACUUGGGGUGCAUCUUGUCUGUUAGUUGCGUUCGACAUCUUCGAAUUCACAUUUUACAUUGGAGCCUUCUCUGUUACUGUUUUGUUUGGUUUGGUUACUAUCUGCUUGUGUUACGUGGCAAUCCAAGCUAAACUUCGUCAAGAAAGUACAGUUAUCGACCCGGCAAAUAACAGACACAAUGCUGAGCGAAACAAAAAGCUUUCCAAGACUUUCUGCAUUGUCAUAAGCGCGUCUGUGGCUCUUUGGGUUCCAGGACUUGUAUUUAGCUGUAUUUAUAUUUUUUUCCCUUGGUAUUCUUUGAUUAUGAAUUACGUCUCCUUUAUUCUACAUCAAACUAAUUCUCUCUUAAAUCCGAUUAUUUACAGUUUAAGGAUGCCAUUUUUUAAGGAAUCGUUUAAGCGCCUCAAAAACAAGAUGAAAAUUCGAAAGCAAACGAAAAUGUACAGAGUUAAAUUUCAAAUGUCAAAAACAGAAACCUAAGCUGUGUAUAGCUGUGUCUAAUGGCUUCCGUCUUAAAUUGCUUUCCCUCUUGGGUGUAAAUAACAUGGCAUUAAGGAACCGAGUCAUUUCAGCGGAAAGUACAUAAUAUGAAUGGUGAACGGAAAACCCGUCAGGGAUUCGUGACACUUGUACUUCCAUAGCUGAUUAGGUGUUAUCCAUUAAUAAUAAAUAUCUCAAAAAGUGUCAAAUGAUUUUCAAGACAGACGUUUCGGGUGUAUGAAAGUACAAAAUAUAUUGUAUUUAGUUUAUUUCCUACAUAAUUCUGUUCCAUCUUGCCGUUUUUAAAACUUAAUUUCCUUGACAAUACAAAAUGCAAAUAUAAAGUAGUAAUUAAAACACUGGAUGAAAAUGAAGACCUUAGGACACCUAAAUCAAUUUCGAUUUUGGUGGAAGCCACUUCUGAGGCAAUGGUAAUUUCUAAAUCUUUGGAGAUCUUUAAGUACUGGGGCAAAAUAAAACCUUGCAUGAGGAUCCUCAGCAGUUACGUAUUCUUGUUUUAAGAAAAAAUAAAUCGCUGUCGGUACAAGGGCCAAUGUAAUAAUACUGGUACAAGUGUAAUUAAGAAAUGUAGCUAUUGAAUGUUUUCGGAACAAUAAACAAUUAGCUUUCACUCGAAAUUACACUUGUAAAAGUUAUACUAAAUUGAUCCCAGGUUCUUUCAUAUCUUUUUAAGAAUACGGAGCUGUUUGUUCUCAUAAUAUAUAGCAAUGUAGUAAGUCCCUACGACGAUAAAUAGACUUUGGCGUUUUCACAAAAUUUAAAAAUUUUGUCAUCACCGAUAGUUUGUUUAUGAAACGUUAUUCGCAUCUAAGAAAGUGAAAUUUUUCAUUUAACCAGAAACGUCAAUUAAAGAACUUAAAAUGGUCAUGUUCGCGAAAUAAGAUUACCCGACGAAGGAUAGCUGUCAAAGAACAAAAGAUUUUGUCGCCUGACAAAAAAUUGUAGGCCUCCAAAUGUCUUCGACGGUAUGGGAUCUUUGAAAUUUGUUAACAGUUGAGAAAAUUUUGGUAGGUAGAAAAGUCGUCCGCAUCAGGAAUGGCUUCCAGUUGACCAAUUUUUUUGCAAAACAAACAAAAUUUUGGGCAGUAGUAAAAACAGGGUCUAAAUAUUAAAUUGUUUUCCUUGUGAAUUGUUCGUAUAAUUUUGGGGGGAUCAAUAAUAUGGCUUGAAUAAAACGGAAUACAUAAACACGAAUGAACAUAUUUUUUUUCCUUUUCAAACUGCAUAAUAAUUGAUAAGUUAUUUGUGUAAUAGCAGGUGGGGUGUUGUUUUUAAGUAAUCUUGUAUCCUGCUGUAAGCCUAUCUCAGAUUAUUAGUAUUUAGUAUUUUGCAGAUAUUGUAAUCUGGAACUUGAUUAAAGUUAAAGUUAAAGAAGAUGCAUGAUCCAUCGUCUUUUUCACAAUACCUUUGUUGAGCUGUCGUUUAUAAGCUAAAUAACGUGGUUUUGUCAAUAGCCCUGCACUUUCGCCCAUCUUUGUUUCACAGGAAAGUGGUGAACUUUAGUGCUAUUUACAGGAGCGUUAAUGUUUGGUAACUUAACUUAUUAUAAGAAAUUAACGCUUGAUGAAAUUGAAAUUCGCAUUAAUUUAAGUCGCGUUAAUUUGAAAUAUAAGGAGUCUGACGUUUUAAUUUAAAAAAAUAAAAAAAAACCUCUGAGUAGAUCGUGCACGCUAGCCAUGAUGUUUUAAACACUACUAUGGCUUUGAAUAAAGUCGAAGUGUUGUUACCCGUACUGAACAUCUUGUAACAUCUUUUUAAAAACAUCUUGUCUAACUAACCCGUUUUUUGUAAAGACAUCCUUCCUUGGAAAAGUAUUUUGUCUCCCACGGCCGUUACUACUUUUCUAAGUUACACAUACAUAAGACAGCUUCUUAUUUUAACGUCACGUUUUCAAUUGUCAUAUUUCAUAUUUCAAGUUAUAUAUGUUACAGGUCUUCAUGGCUAACAGUGUACUUUUUCGAUCGCUUUGGAAUUUUAAACUUAUUUUUCAGUUGUCUAAAGGUUUUCAUGAAUAUUGGCAUUCUCAAACUAUAAAUUAUUGGGUUUACGAGAGAAUUACUUAGAUGUAACAUGGUGAUGAUAUAAUUCACAAAGUCAGGAUACACGAUUACACACAGUUUACCUAAAGUGUAAACUGUAACACUCGGAGCCCAAAACGCAAUAGACACACCUACCAUUUUUUUAGCAAUGUUUUAACUGCCGCCGUCCUCAUCGUGGUUGCUUUAGCCUCCCUAAUCAUAAUAACAAGAUGACGAAAUUGUUUCUUCAGGCAACACAAAAGAGAAAUACUUAAUUCAUGCUGUUCAAAGCAGGAAACUAAUUUCUAUCUUUCCCCCACCAAUCACCAAUCACAGUGUAUGAUUUAUGUUUUAUUUCUAAUAGUGCACCUGCAUGAAAGCUGAGCAUGCUCCUUGUCACCUUUAAUUUUAAAAAGUAUCUCGCAUCAAAGGGUCCAACCAUCGCGUUCUGUAUACGUCAUGUCUUAUACGGCUGCUAUCACAAUAUUGAAGUACGUGGCAAUUUUCCAGGGUCUCUGCAUUUUUACUGGAAAUUUUAUCACUAUGAUUGUUUUUUGGAUUCACCGAUACAAGUUAAAGCGAACCUCUUUUCUUCUUAUCAACUUGGCUGUUGCGGAUCUGCUCUCUGGACUGACACAAGCGGCUAUGGCAGCCCAACCCAUUCCACAAACCAUUUCAGCAGACAUAUCAGCUUGCUUUCAAGCUGCAUUUUUGGCCGCAUCUUUACUUUUCCUCGUUUUCAUCUCACUGGAACGAGCCUAUGCAUUGAUUUACCCUCUUCGACAUCGAGUAACAAGCACCAAUGCUUACAUCUACACCAUCAUAAUCGUGUGGUUGAUUGCAAUAACUUGGGGUACAUCUCGUCUGUUAGUUGUGUACGACAUCUUCGAAUACAAAUUUUACACGGCAGCCUUCUCCUUUGCCAUUUUGUUUUGUUUGGUUACUAUCUGCUUGUCUUACAUGGCAAUCCGAGCAAAACUUAGUCAAGAAAGUCCAGCUAUCGACCCGGCAAAUAACAGACUCAACACUUACCGAAACACAAAGCUUUCCAGCACUUUCUGUAUUGUCAUAAGCGCGUCUGUGGCUCUUUGGGUCCCUGGACUUGUAUUUUACUGUAUUUAUUAUUUUUUGCCGGGGCAUUCAAUGAUUACGAACUACGUCUCCUUUAUUUUACAUCAAACUAAUUCUCUCUUGAAUCCGAUUAUUUAUAGUUUAAGGAUGCCGUUCUUUAAGGAAACGUUUAAACGCCUGAAAAACAAGAUGAAAAUUCGAAAGCAAACAAAAACAUACACAGUUAAUUGUCGAACGUUAAAAACAAAAACAUAA